CUCCGCCUGCUUGCGGUUGUAGGCAUGUGCAGACGUGCGUUGGGGUCACCUAUAGAGAAAUUGGUGAUAAAGAUGGCAGCGGCCAGAGUAGGACAGCAGGUGCGCCAUUUCAGCACUAGUGUGGUUAAGCCAGCUGCUCUAGUAAAGCCUCCAAUUCAGGUGUAUGGAUUAGAAGGCCGCUAUGCUACUGCUCUUUACUCUGCAGCAUCCAAACAGAAGAAGCUGGAACAAGUAGAAAAGGAGAUGGGGCGAGUAGCUACAGCUUUGAAGGAUCCCAAGAUGUCUGCUGUUGUCCUGAAUCCUCACAUCAAGCGUGCCAUCAAGCAAAAAACUGUAAAUGAUUUUCUAGUUAAAGAUAAACUUUCCCCUAUCACAGUCAACUUCGUCAAUCUUUUGGCUGAGAAUGGUCGGUUGAGACAGACCCAGGAAGUGGUAGCUGCCUUUGGCAGAAUUAUGAGUGCACAUCGUGGGGAGGUUCUCUGCUCUGUAACCACUGCUCAGCCACUGGAUGAAGCCAACCUUACAGAAUUAAAAAAUGCUUUGAAUGGCUUCCUGGCUAAAGGAGAGAUCCUGAAACUAGAGACUAAGACUGAUCCAGCCAUCCUAGGAGGAAUGAUUGUCAGUGUUGGUGAUAAAUAUAUAGAUAUGUCCACAAAGGCGAAGAUUCAGAAAUUUACCAACAUAAUGAAAGAGAGUUAAAAACAAAAGAUGGUGGAAGUAAAUUAUCACAGCAGUGAACAAAUUAUUUGUGGGAAAUGCAAUAAAUGUUUCCUUGUUCUGUCUUAA